AUUGGAAAAAUGAAACGGAGGAAGCAAGACGAAGGGCAGGUAUGUCCCCUCUGCAGCCGACCUCUGUCAGGAUCCGAGGAGGAGAUGAGUAGGCAUGUGGAACAAUGCCUUGCAAAGAGAGAAGGUUCAUGCAUGACUGAGGAUGACUCUGUGGACAUCGAGAACGAGAAUGGCAACCGCUUUGAAGAGUACGAAUGGUGCGGGCAGAAGAGGAUACGGGCCACUACUCUCCUGGAGGGAGGAUUUCGAGGUUCUGGGUUUAUCAUGUGCAGUGGCAAGGAGAAUCCAGACAGCGACGCUGACCUGGAUGUGGAUGGAGACGACACACUUGAAUACGGGAAACCACAGUACACAGAGGCAGACGUUAUCCCUUGCACUGGGGAAGAGCCAGGUGAAGCCAAAGAGAGGGAGGCGCUCCGAGGUGCUGUUUUAAAUGGUGGCACACCCAGUACUCGAAUAACACCGGAGUUUUCUAAAUGGGCCAGUGACGAAAUGCCCUCAACGAGUAAUGGUGAAAGCAGUAAACAGGAGACCAUGCAGAAGACCUGUAAGAACAGUGACAUUGAAAAAAUUACAGAAGACUCUGCAGUGACAACAUUUGAAGCGUUAAAGGCUCGUGUCCGUGAGUUAGAAAGGCAGCUUUCCCGUGGGGACCGCUAUAAAUGUCUCAUUUGCAUGGACUCCUACACAAUGCCCCUGACUUCGAUUCAGUGCUGGCAUGUGCACUGUGAAGAAUGCUGGCUGCGGACUCUGGGUGCCAAGAAGCUCUGUCCCCAGUGUAACACCAUCACGUCUCCUGGAGACCUUCGGCGCAUCUACUUAUGAAGGACCCAGCGGGAGAGCGGGACCCAGCUGCUCGGCUCAGCUCAUCACACCAAGGGGGAGAAGAACGACAGCAACAAAAAAAAGACGUUUUAAAAUUUAAAAAAAAAAAAAAAAAA